UUGUGGACGGGCCUACAAGGACGGAGUCCGGAAGAGCAGUCGCGCUGCUCGGGCCUGGGCUGGGGUCGCAGGGGUCGCCGGGGCGGCGAGGCCGGCAUGGCGGCGCUGCGGAGGCACGUGUUUGUUGGAAAAGUGCUGAAGAAACUGUAUCCUGAGGUUCCACGUGGCCAAGAGAAGAGGGCCCCAGUGAGUCCAGCCUGCAGAAACCCACCUGAGAAAGUGGCUCCUGAGAGAGUGAAGGGCGGGGGCAUCCCCCCCAUGACAGGUGGUGACACUCAGGUCCAGCCUGCGCGACGGCUCUACACCGUGGGCCUGCCUCCUGAGGGGUGGGUCCCCCCUCCGCCGGAGGCCCCCAGCUGCUCGAGUCCUGAGAGCUCCUCCAGCGGCGAAGACAUAGGAGAUCAGGAUCUUCAGGCUCAACCAAAGAGAAGAAGAAUUAGAAAGCAUAAUUCAAAGAAAAAAUUUAAAAAUCCCAGUAACAUUCCUCUAGAACAAGCAGAAUUAGAGAAACAGCAGAGUAUUUUGCAAGAAAAAUUGCAGCCACACAGCCACAGCCACACAGAUGGCCCUACAAUAAGCAAAAAUAAAAAAAGGAAACUGAAAAAGAAACAGCAAAUUAAAAGGAAGAAAGCAGCUGGCUUACUAACAGGAGUCUCUGGCGUCAACUUCAUGUACCAGCCUGAGGAGACCAGCAGUGAGCAGGGCGACGUGAGAGUGAGUGAUGGAGAGGACGGCGCAGACGGGGAGGGAGGGGGCCCGGAUGCCGAGGAGGAAGGAGCCACAGACGCCGGGAAGGAAGACGUUAAAAGUACCAAUGAAAAGGCAGAUGGUAUCCUGAACUUUUUGAAGUCAACACAAGAAAUUUAUUUUUAUGAUGGUGUCUCCAAGGAUUCGGACUCGGCUGUCUUCAUGGAGACCAGUGGAGAGCUAUUUAAAUAUCUUGAAACUCACAGCAUGCCCUCCUCAGAUGUGUUCAUUCUGGAUCACAUGAAAACGCUGUUACUUUUGCAAGAUACUGAAAGAUUGAAGAGUGCCCUGGAAGUGUUCCCAGAACAUUGCAGGAUGCCACCUGACUAUGCCCGAGUAAUCUCAGCUUUCUUUAAUUAUUGGAUCACACAUAUCCUUCCUGAGAAAAACAAUGAAUAAAAUCAGUACAUCUAUUUAAGAAGAGCUAAUAUUUGACAAGAAAAUAGGAAAGGCAGAUAUGAAAUGGGCUGAGACUUAAUUUCUAUACACAGAGAAGAUGAAAUUCUCUAAGUUUUCUUUGUAACCCAAACCCUGGGAACUUUGAGGACAUUUCAGUUCAUCUGUUUGUACAUAAUAGGUAGAUGUAAUCUGAGACUUUAAGUGAGAAAUUGGGAUAAAAUUGAAAAUUUCUUUGAAAUUGUGUGUGUCUUAAAUUAAAGAAUGGACAUUCUGUUAAAUUGAAUAAACUGUAUAGUUUGAAGCUGUAUAUAUAUUUUUAUAAAGUUUUAAAUCACUUUGUGUCUGAAAGUUUGUUUUAAGAAUGUCGUAUGGAUAUUA